UCAGAAGCAAAACCGCACUUCCGAAAAUGUUGGGAGCCGCUCUCCGCUCACCGUGGGGCCUCUGGAUCUGGAGCUGUGUUUCACAUCGGAGCGCAUAGACCGAAUGGAAUUCUAGUGUUUUGCUGUCAUUUUGAUGUUUCCAUCCAGUCUUCAUCAGAUCUACUGGGCACUUCCUGCGAGAUGGGCGCUGGAGCUCUCACCAUCUGUCAAAGUAAAGCAGCAGUUCGGCUGAAAGAAGACAUGAAAAAGAUUGCGGCAGUGCCACUAAACGAGCAGAGGAAUUCCACCUACACAAAGUUAUUUGGAGUCAGUCUCCAAGACCUCCACCAGCAGGGGCUGACGGAGAACGGCGUUCCAGCUAUCGUGGGGAGCAUAGUGGAGUACUUGACCAUGCAUGGACUCACCCAGGAAGGCCUUUUUCGGGUGAAUGGCAACGUCAGGGUGGUGGAACAGCUUCGAUGGAAGUUUGAGAGUGGGGUGCCCGUGGAGCUGGGGAGGGACGGCGACGUCUGUGCCGCGGCCAGCCUGUUAAAGCUCUUCCUGAGGGAGCUGCCGGAGGGCGUGAUCACCUCGGCGCUGCAGCCUCGGUUCAUUCAGCUCUUUCAGGAUGACCGAAAUGAUGCUCAGGAGAGGAGCUUAAGAGCCUUAAUAAAAGAGCUGCCAGACACCCACUACUGCCUCCUCAAGUACCUUUGCCAAUUCUUGACAAAAGUAGCCAAGCACCGUGUGCAGAACUGCAUGGAUGUUCACAAUCUCGCCACUGUAUUUGGGCCAAAUUGCUUUCAUGUGCCUCCUGGGCUUGAAGGCAUGAAAGAGCAAGACCUCUGCAACAAGAUAAUGGCUAAAAUAUUAGAAAAUUAUAAUACCCUGUUUGAAGUGGAGUAUGUGGAAAAUGAUAACCAGAGGUGUGAAAACCUAGCGAGGCUUAUCAUAGUAAAAGAGGCCAAUUAUAAGAACAUCCUUCUGACAAAAGACUUCGAAAGAGGCACACAAAAGCCAUCUCCAAAAACCAAGAUCCCAAAAUCUAGGAGUGAGGGAUCUAUUCAGGCCCACAGGGUACCACAACCAGAGCUGUCUGAUGGCGUUCCUCAGGUCAGCCUGCAGCUAAGUCAGAGAAAUUCCUGCUGGGAUGACAUGAAUUCAGCAGAGGAUGCUAAUGCUGCCAAAUUGCUAUCCAGUUCGCAGGAAGAUGAAAGACCUAUGUCACCUUUCUAUUUGAGUGCCCAUGUAUCCCAAGUCAGCAAUGUGUCGGCAACGGGAGAGCUCUUAGAAAGAACCAUCCGGUCAGCUGUAGAACAACAUCUUUUGGAUGUUAAUAGCUCUGGAGGCCAAAGUUCAGAGGACUCAGAAUCUGGAACAUCACCAGCAUCUUUCUCCACAUCCACCAAACAGCGACGACGCCAGUCUGAGGAGCAGGAUGAAGUUCGACGUGGCAGCGACGUGGGACUUAUCAACAAAGAAAAUAUUCCUUCUGGGUUCAACAACCUUGAUGAAUGUAUUUUGAAUACUCAUCAUGAAGCGGAAAAAUUACAUGAAAAUACUUCUGGUUAUAUUGGAGAAAGGGGCAAACCGAAACGUCAGAAAUCCAGUUGCAAACUUUCUGAGCUCAGUGAACAUCAAGAUAGUCUUGUGAAUAUGGAAAGUCUCAAUCCCACGCCAUCUCAUGAAAGGAUUGUACCUGAUGAUGUUGAACUGAUGUCCGAUGGAAGCAAAGAAAAUGAAAAGGACGGCAGACAGACCCAGCAUUUUGAGGAACCCACCAUGAAGAUCCAGGAGCAUCCCAGCGUACCUGACAGCAAGCUGCAGAGGACUCCCAAUGCUGAUGACCAGCAAGAGAGCUUUGUCUCCGGAGCGCCUGAGCUGGACCUGACUGCAUUGUGUGACGAGAAGAGCUGGGAAGAGCCCACCCCUGCUUUCUCCUCGUGGCAGCAGGAGAGCGUGCGUGCUGACGAAGCACGCCUCUCCCCGCAGGCAGGGCGCCUGAUUCGGCAGCUCCUGGAUGAGGACAGCGACCCCAUGCUCUCUCCCCGCUUCUACGCUUACGGGCAGAGCAGGCAGUACCUGGACGACACGGAAGUGCCUCCUUCUCCCCCCAAUUCCCAUCCUUUCAUGAGGCGACGCAGCUCCUCUCUGGGCUCCUACGACGAUGAGCAAGAGGACCUGACACCUGCCCAGCUCACGCGGAGGAUUCAGAGCCUUAAAAAGAAGAUCCGAAAGUUUGAAGACAGGUUUGAAGAAGAGCGGAAGUACAAGCCUUCCCACAGCGACAAAGCAGCCAAUCCAGAGGUUCUGAAAUGGACAAAUGACCUUGCCAAAUUCCGGAAACAACUUAAAGAGUCAAAACUAAAGAUAUCGGAAGAGGACCUAACCCCCAGGAUACGGCAGAGAAGCAAUACUCUCCCCAAGAGUUUUGGCUCCCAACUUGAGAAAGAAGACGAGAAGAAGCAAGAGCUGGUAGAUAAAGCCUUAAAGCCUAGCGUCGAAGCCACGCUGGAGUCCAUCCAAAGGAAGCUCCAGGAGAAGCGGGUGGAAACCAGCCGUCCUGAGGACAUUAAGGAUAUGACCAAAGACCAGAUUGCUAAUGAGAAAGUGGCCCUGCAGAAAGCUCUGUUAUAUUAUGAAAGCAUUCAUGGACGGCCGGUGAGCAAGAAUGAACGUCAGGUUAUGAAACCGCUGUACGACAGGUACCGCCUGGUCAAACAGAUCCUGUCCCGAGCCAGCACCGUCCCCAUCAUUGGUUCCCCUUCCAGCAAGCGGAGAAGCCCUUUGCUGCAGCCAAUUAUCGAGGGCGAAACUGCUUCCUUCUUCAAGGAGAUAAAGGAAGAAGAGGAGGGUUCAGAAGACGAUAGCAGCACAAAGCCAGACUUCACCAUCACCCUGAAAACCGAUUUCAGUGCACGUUGCUUUCUGGACCAAUUUGAAGAUGACACUGAUGGCUUUAUUUCCCCAAUGGAUGAUAAAAUACCAUCAAAAUGCAGCCAGGAUACUGGGCUUUCAAAUCUCCAUGCUGCUUCAAUACCAGAACUCUUGGAACACCUUCAGGAAAUGAGAGACGAAAAGAAAAGGAUUCGAAAGAAACUUCGUGAUUUUGAAGACAAUUUUUUCAGACAGAAUGGAAGAAAUGUCCAGAAGGAAGACCGCACUCCUAUGGCUGAAGAAUACAACGAAUAUAAGCACAUUAAGGCAAAACUGAGGCUCUUGGAGGUGCUCAUCAGCAAGAGAGACACUGAUUCCAAGUCCGUGUGAGGAGGCAGCCCUAUCCGAGCCACGGGGGCUGGGGAGGCAGUGGGAAUGUGCCCCCCACCUCCCCUGGCAGAUAGCAGCUCUGCAGGAACUGGAAGGCAGCCUCGGAGCUGGACCUACAAAGAGAGUAGCUCUUCUGCCUCCGGGCCACUGGGAUCAUCCCCAGUUUCCACUGCCUGCCUUGGAAACCGCCUAGAUGGAAGGAGCCCACCUGCCCCCAUGUAGGAAUUGUGUAAGGGAAAGUCGAGAUCUGCGUGCACCCGAGCGCUCACAGACACACGCAGACGCUGUAGCGGAAGCUUCGCUGACACUGGCAGCGACGAAUCACUACACUGACACACACUCAUCUACAGAGGAUACACGCUGUUCUUCUCUGGAUAACUGAGACACAGCCUGUUCUCUGUCAGACUGUGACAAAACAAGCUCAGGACUUCACUCUGUAGAGCGAACUUGCUGUGCACAUCCAAUGCAGGUGCCCAAGAGAGCACGGGCCCAGCCCAGGAGAGCACGGGCUCUCUUUGGACCCAGUCAAGGGGGAACCUGCAUUGGAGCCCUAUUUGCUGCCUCGACCAUCCUCGUGACCUUUCCACAGAGCUGCGCCUUUCCCCACUCGUGUGAAUCGCUUCCCCUUUAGCUCUCGGGUGGACGGAAGCUGCGUCUGCCCAGAAUGGCCGUGCAGUCCUCUAUUUGACUGUGUGUUUCUUCAUGACGUCCUCAGCUGAUAGAGAACUGUGAUCCCUGACUAGGGCUGGACCAUCUGCAGAGAACAGAGGGGAUAGAGAAGUAGCUAAUAUUUGUGCUGAUUUUUAAAUUAGGCAGCAGUGAAGAGCCUGGAGAAUCCUUUCCUGAACGUUGACUGCACUUACCAGCCUCAGAUUUUAACAUCAGACACUAAGCGAGGCCAGCAGCCUAUUUGGGGUUUGGUUUUGUUUUUGCUCUAGCUUUGCUCUAGCCAAACAAAAGGGUCUUGCUUAAUUCUUAGCUUAAGUGUAGAGGAUCGUGAGAGAGAAAGAGCCUGUAUUCUAAGCCUCCUGAGUACUUACCAGAGUUUAAUUUUUUUUCUUUUUUUUAAGUAAACCUGCACUAAAAAUCUCCUGAGGGGUAAGUAUAGCCCUCAGAGCUCAGCCUAAGGCAGAAUCUAAAUCACACUAUUUUCAAGAUCAUGUAUAAAGAGAAAACAAAUAAUGGUGUAUAGCCAAUUAUGAUUAUAAUUUUUUCAAAGACGGUGUCACAAAACUGUCUAUAUUAGACAUUUUGGAGGGACCAGGGAAUUUAAGACACCAAAUCGUUCACCUCUUCAGUGUGCUGAUGUUAUCUUGUGAUUUGUUGUUACUUCUUGACUUUCUGUGUUUGCGCUGAGGAAAGUGGGUCCUGGUUCCGCCUGCCCAUCCUGGCCCACGUUUCUGCUCCCUGAGGUCGAGCACGGGUGUCUGCCCACCAGCCGCUGGUUGCCAAGAGAAGGUGUUUCAGCAGGCUCUGCCUUUUGAAGAUAAUGUUGCGGGAUGAACAGGACAGCAAAGGGUACCAUUUUGUUUUCUUUAAUAAUAAUAACAAGGAGAAAACUCUUCCUGAUCAGUUGUCAGUUUCCAAAAUGGGUUCUUGAGAAACUGCCUGGUCAGAUUGGAUUUGUAGCAGCAUUUUCCAUUGUUGAAGUGAAGUAGCAGCUCUCUGUCGGUGGAAAAUCGUUUAAGUCAGGAGUAGGGGAAAAAGAAUACCUUUAAGUUUGCUCUUAAAAAUAAUCAUCCAAAAGCAUGAGCUAUAUGUUGAAAGUGCCCUGGUUGAAUCCACAUACUUAAAGACGGUACAUAAUCCUGCAAUAUAGAUAUAGCUUGGUAUUCUUUACUGUUUACAUUGCAGAUUGCUAUAAUUUCAAGGAGCUAUAUUAUAAAUAAAAUGAUGCACUUUAGGAUGUUUUCUAUUUUUGAAAUCUGAACAUGAAUC